AUGGCUCCAAACACAGAGCUCUCUACUCGUGCCUUAAUUGUCACUUUAAAGUCACCUUUUGGUGGCAAAUCAACCACCCAAAUCAGCGCAAUUACAGAAAUUUCACCACGUACAAUUGACGCAAUCUAUGGUAGAGCCUGCCAGCGAGGCUUUGAGCCAAAUGCACCUAUGAUUAAGCUCCUCUCAGAGCACCUUGAAGACGCUCCUCGUGCUGGUCGCCCUCGAAAGCAAGAAGCUGUCCACAAAGCUGCCAUUGAGAAAUGUUCACGGCUACAACGUGUCCUCCACUACAGUGUGGCGAGUCCUCAAAGCAGCCGGUUACAAGAAGACGAAGCCAACAAGGAAGCCUGGGUCGACGAAGAAGAUGAAGCAGGAGAGGCUUAA